CGGAAGUCCUCAGCUUUGCAGCAGUGAAGCGACGCCUGCGUCUUUGUCAAUGUUGCGGGUUCUGCGGAAGCAGGCUUUGAGAUCUCUUCAGAAACUGAACUGAGCGCUUGAGAACACAGUUGAAAUAUAAAGAUAUUACAAAAAAUUGCGAAUUAAUUUUUUUUUUCCUUUUCAUUAUUUCCUCCUUUAAAAACGCGAACAAAGGGCAAGGUGCCCUCAGCUAUAAAAUGGACGUCAGAUGUCACUCCGGGUUUUGCGAAAAUCUCUCUGAACCGGCUGCUCACGCAUCAUUGAUAUGAACUUCCCCAGACUCUGCCUUUCAGUUUUAGAGGCUUCCUUCUUUCUUCUGGGAACUAAACAAUUCCAACAUUAUCUUUCAUUCAUCUCUUUCUUUUGAGCCGCCUUGUAUUGUGCUAUUGGACCUUGGCUCCGUACAACAUGGCGAUUAGUACUUGGCUAAUUGUAAUCUUACUCAUCUCUGGAAUCAUCUUAUGUCAUCAGGAUGAAGUGGUUCCGAAAAAAAUAGCUAUAAUAGGAGCAGGAGUUGGAGGAUCUUCAUCUGCUUAUUUCCUUAGGCAGAAGUUUGGUCACGAUGUUGGAAUUGAUGUCUAUGAAAAAGGUGCUAUUGGAGGUCGGCUGGCUACCAUUACUGUAAAUGGUCAACAUUAUGAAAUUGGUGGCUCUGUCCUUCACCCACUCAAUCUCCAUAUGCAAGAAUUUGUUAAACAGUUAGGACUAAAGCACAGAAAAAGUGUUCCUGAGAAAGUGGCAAUCUUCAAUGGGGAGCACUUUGUGUUUGAAGAAACUGACUGGUAUCUCCAGGACCUGUUUAAGUUGUGGUGGCGGUAUGGCUUUGGUUUGCUACGCUUGCAGAUGUGGGUAGAAGAAAUAUUGGAAAAGUUUAUGAGGAUUUACAAGUAUCAGGCUCAUGGCUAUGCGUUCAGUACAGUGGAGGAGAUGUUACAAUCACUGGGUGGAGAACGUUACAUUAAUCUGACACAGCGCUCUGUGACAGAGACCCUGCAGGAGCUGGGAAUCACACAGCGCUUCAUUGAUGAAAUAGUCACUGCGGUUACCAGAGUCAACUAUGGCCAAUCGGCAUCCAUUCCGGCAUUUGUUGGAGCAGUAGCGUUGGCAGGCGUACAGUCUGGCCUCUGGGCUGUGGAAGGAGGGAACAAACUGGUUUGCUCACAGAUGCUCGAUUCGGCAAAAGCUCGUGUCCUCCACACCACGGUAACUUCCAUCUCUCUGCAGCAAUCAGGUAAUAAAGCUCUUUACCAAGUGAAAUAUGAAAAUGAAAAUGAAGGUGGUUAUGACUUCUAUGAUAUUGUAGUCAUUGCAACUCCUUUACAUCAUGAAACUACAAGCAUCACAUUCAAUGCGUUUACACCACCUAUCACACCAUUUCCAGGUCAAUAUAAGCAUCUAAUUGUUUCUAUAGUUCAUGGUUAUCUUAAUUCCUCAUAUUUUGGAUUCCCAGACCCCAAACUGUUCCCUUAUGCAGUAAUUCUAACAGUAGAAAGUCCAAAACUAUUUGUACUUAGCACAGGGAGUAUUUGCCCAGUGAAUAUCACUGCUAAUUACCGAAGAAAACAACCACAGGAAGCAGCGGUGUGGAAAGUCUUCUCUGCCAAGCCACUUACUAAAGAACAACUGAAGACUAUCUUCCGCUCGUACUACUCUGUGCAGGUCACUGAUUGGCUGGCAUAUCCUGAAUACAACUCUGGUAAAGGGAUCCCUCCCAUAAUUCUUCAUGACAACCUGUACUAUUUGAAUGGUAUCGAGUGGGCAGCAAGUGCCAUGGAAAUGAGUGCCAUUGGUGCCAAAAACAUAGCCUUGUUAGCAUACAAUCGGUGGAACCAACAUCUGGAUAUGAUUGAUCAGAAAGAUUUGGUACAUAAAAUCAAAACUGAACUGUGAGCAAGGGCACAGACAAUUUAAAACUGAAUUUCUUAUUGUACUUGAAACUGAAUUUGAUCUUUGAAUGCAACAUACUCAAUUUCUCAAAUCUAAUGGUAACAAAUACAGAAUUAAACCCUGUUAAUAAUUGCUAAUAUAUGAAUGAACUUAAAUUGUGAUUUGUAUUAAAAAAUUUUCCUAAAGUUGUGUCUUGGAUUGGAUUUAGUGCUUCACAAAUGGGAAAGCCAGGGCCCAAUGCUUUUGUUUUAAGCAGGAGAAGACAAACGAAAAGCGACUGCAUAAGCAAUGGUAAUGAACAACUGGCUUGACUGCCUCUGUGCAAUCAAAUUUCUUCACCAUCAGGCAUUUUUCUUAGACCAUCUUGAAAUGUACAAAUCAUCUUUUCAUAAGACCUGAAAAAUACUUAGUUUUGUGGCUCACUGAAUUGUGUAUAUGUUUUAACUAAAAUAAUAAUUGUAUUGUUUGGCAUUCUAGAGUCCUAGGGGCACACCUCUAAACUAAGAUUUAAUCUAUCUGUAGUAUCGCUGUAUAAAGUUACAGCAAGUAUUAGUGGAAUGUGGUAGAAGCAUAGUUUGCAACUAAGGUAGUAAUCAUUUUUCACAGUUUAAAUGUUAGUUGGGCCUAAGAUGGCAGAGUCCAUGGCCUUGUCAUGUUUUGAAGUUUAAGCACCAAUUCAGUGCAAUGACCACAUCUCCAGUCAACACCGAAGGUGUGCAAAGCCACUGAAGAUGUUGUCUUUCAGAUAAAAAAAUUUGUGACUCAAUUUUGAAGAACAAAGGACCUCUUCUUCUUGUACUGGUUUAUAUUUAUUUCUCAAUACUCAUCACAAAGCAGAUCCUUACAUUGUGAAAAGUGGUCAAAUGAAAGAAAACUCCCAACUGCUUCAGUGGUUAUAAAAUGUUUUGUGAUGUCCUAAGCUCAUGAAGGUUGUUGUAGGUAAAGUGCAAAUACUUCUCCCCUUUUCAUGCUUUUACCCUGCAGAGAGUGCUACUUAAUUGCAUCUGAUUUUUUAACUUAAGGUGUAAGUGAAUUUAAAUCUGUUCGGGUAGAAAAUUCUUUA